UUGGAGAUUUUUUAGAAUUAUUCUAAAUCCUGGGGGUGUUUCACAGGGAGUUGACAAAAGUGCCACACAUGACUACGACAGCCAGAGAUGAGCAGACGGUGAAGCUUCUGCUGGAGAGAUGGGGAGAUCCUGAAUCAGGUCUGGACCAGACAUGGAGAGAAGAGUACAAGGUCUACCUUCCCUACCCUGCGAAGCCCAAAAGGUCACCGUAGUGGACUCAUCGAAUACUGUGCUGUACACGGCCAGAAAGAAGGAGAAGCCUUACAAAGAAGACCAGAUACAUCCUACGGUGGUUCAAACUUAUGCUGCGUACUCGCCUGCAGGACAUGUGAAGGGAAAACUGGUUUACGCCAACCAAGGUAAACCCAGUGACUACCAGCGGCUCAACCAGACAGUUGACUUGAAG